GCUAGGAAGCUAUCGAAAACGCAUUUGGAAAACUUAAGUGAGGAUGUUUCCAUCACAUUCUGUUCUCAUCAGUUCAUGUCCUCCCUCCUGGUCUGAGAAAUCAGACAUUCUCCAGAGAGGAGUUCCCCUUCACUUUGACCAAGUCUACUCUUUGCACAAGACAUUAACUGACAUUUACUUCCUACAUCCUUAACAAACAGACCCUGUUUCGCUUCGUUCUUUCUCUUGACUCACCUGUGCUGACACGUUUGAAGCCGGAGAGCAGCUGCUCUUCGUGACGUCAUGUCUCAGAAGUCGCAGUCAGAUGGAGGUCAGAAACACUUUGCUGUGGGUCGGGGGCUCCUGGCCGCCGCCGAGACCUUGAACUUCAGCAUGAAUGAACAGCGGCCCAGCCGACAGAUGGGGGCUGUGUCCUCAGGUGUGGGGGUGGGCGGCGGUGGCAUGGAGGGCCAGGAUGUCAGCUCCCAGAUGUCCCGGCGUGGUGGCGGCAGCCAUCUUGGCAACACCAUGAAGCUGUUUGCCAGUUUGGGGCUGUCGCCCUCCGACCUGGAUGCUCUAGCUGAAAUUCCUGAGGAGGACAUCAGUGUGGAGACACUGCCGCGCAUCCUCAUGCAGCUCAAGAGCCGCAAAGGGGAUGCCGGGGAGCGGCGGGUGGCGUCCUCCAUGUCUUCUGACUCUGCGUAUCGAGGAGGAAGGGACAGCUGGGACAACGUGCACGUGGGCAGGAUGGGCGUGGGCGGUCCUUCUCUGGGUCAGGGUUCUUCCCGGACCCAGGCCUCUGCAGACUUUGGGUACAGCUCCCUGCAAGACGUCGCUCCCAGCCGGGGCUACAAUUUAAAUUACAACAGCAGCGGUGGUGGGGGUGGGAGCAGAGAGAGGCCAUACUCGGAGCUUUCCCACCACGAUUCCUACAGUAGGCUCGCCAUGGGGCCGUCGACGUCGGACCCCGUCUUUAUGCAGAGGAGGAUCGGCUCCCCGUCAAACGGAAAAGUCCAAGACUUCUUGGGAGUCAUGCCCCCCAUGUUCCCCCAUGUGUGCUCUCUUUGUGAUUUUGACGUUCAUUCCACUAUGGAGUGGAACCAGCACGUUAACGGACUGAAGCAUGCCGAGAACAGACGCCAGCUGCUCGACAUGUAUCCAGACUGGGACCCUGGCAUGUCCUCAGGCAGAAGUGGGAGUUUUCUGGACACCCCCAACCUGUCUGCAGGGCUGCUUGGACCCGCCCCAGUGUCUUCAGUUCAGCCAGCGGGUGGGAUGUCGUCCGGCUGGGGAGGAGUUGGCGGUCCGGGUCUGUCAGGAAAGAACCAGCUGGGACAGAAUAAGCUGAGAAGCAGGGUGGUGGUGGUGAAGUACGACAGGAAGCCUCUCAGCAACAAGACUCUGUUCGCCUUCACAGAGCCGUUCGGCUGCCUGCGGGAACACCUGGUCCUCAAGAACAAGGCCUUCUUAGAGAUGAGCAGUCACGAGGAGGCUCUGGACAUGGUGAACUACUACGAGCAGCACCCGGCGUCUCUGUAUGGCAAAGCCAUCAGCUUCUACCUGUCCCAGAGGCUGCUGGUCAUUGAGAAAGACGAGAGGUCGUCGGACAGGGCGAUGGACAGACCCGUCCGUGAGGUCAAAGGUCACGGCAGCCAGGUGGUGUUCUUCUCCAACCUGCCCAAAGAGGAAGAGAAGAAGAAGGAGCUGCUGACCAUCGCCGGACGCUUCGGCGUUGUGGAGAAACACCUCUUCUUGAAUGACCAGGCGUUUGUCCAGCUGGGGACUCCGGAGGACGCAGAGAUGCUGGUGAAGUAUUACAGCGUGAACCCGCUCACCAUCAAAGGAAGACCAAUCCGCCUCAACGUCUGCGCCAAGUACAAGACCCUCAAUGUGAACCGGAGGCAGGGGGGGUCUGCUGGAGACCAUCGAAACCAGAGGAGCGGCGGAGUCAACGCCUCCUCCUCUGCCGGUUCUGGAACCAGGACUUCCUCCAGCUCCCUCAGGCCCUCCUCGUCCAAAUCCUCGUCCAGCUCCAGGACCCGAGAGGAGAAGAAGGAGAAGCUGAAGCCCGAGGAGAAACCAGCAGCGGAGGAGGAGGAGGAGGAGGUGUCGGGAGUCAUGGAGGGGGGGGACGGAGGGGAGGACGUCGGGGAGGAGCGGGUAACCGAUGGAGACGCAGAGGGGGAGGAGCCAGAGGGAGCGGAGUCUGUGGAGGGGUCUGAGGAUGUCCCUCGGGAGGAGCUUCCCGAAGGUGGUGAUGUCAUCGAUGAUGGGGGCGGGGCUGACGGCGAGGCCAAGCAGGGGGCGGAGUCAGAGGGACAAACAGAACCAACGGAAACCGAAGAGCAGGAGAGCAAAGAAGAACCGAAAGCAGAAGCGGGAGAGAGUUCGGAGGCGGUGGAGGAAGAUGAGCCUGCAGACGCGUUUGAUCAGGACUUCCUGGAGAACAUGGAGGACUUUGUGACUCUGGAUGAACUGGCAGAGGACGAGGACAAAGCAGAGGGAGAGUCUGACGCCGUCGACAAUACGAGGAGAGGGGGUAUGCGGGUGGUCAACAUCGUCGGCUUCAGACGAGGUUACAAGUUCCUCAAUGAGCUGCUGGGACUCGCCAAACCUUUUGGGGAAGUGGUCAAACACCUGGUGCUGGACUUGAGACCUGAGGCGUACCUUCAGUUUGAGACGGAAGAAGAAGCUCGAGCGAUGGCCAAGUUUUACAACGGGAACAUCACGGCGUCGGUGUGCGGCCGGCCGGUGAGGGUCAGCCACUCCAUGAGCUACCCCACCAUCCAGUGCGGCUCCAGUAAGGUGGUGUACGUCGGCCAGAUCCCCACCAGCAAAUACUCUGACGCCGACAUCCUGAAGCUGGCCGAGCCGUUCGGGACAGUCCGGAAAUACUUCACCAACAGGAUCAAGAGAGAGUGUUUCAUCGAGAUGGAGAACGCCGAGGACGCCGAGAACAUGGCCGAACACUGCAAAGCAAAUCCACCCAAGUUCAACGGAAAGCGUCUGACUGUGUACGUCAGCAGGAAGUACAGACAGCUCAAACACGGACAUCGAUGUCCGAGCGCAGCCAAGAGAGAGAACAGCAGCACGUCACCGAAACCCUCCAAACACCCCGAAGAACCUCCAGCCAAGAAGUCCAAGGCGGAGGAGGAGGACAAGAAGGAGAACAUGAAGGAGGAGGAGGAGAAAGGGGAUGUGGAGGAGAAAGAGGAAGAAGUGCAGAGUUCUGAUGUGAGCCGUGUUGAAGAAAAAAAAGAAGAAAACUCGGCCGAGAAGAGUCCCGAUGUUUCCGAUCCGAACCAGAAGAGCUGCCAGGAUCAGGAGGUGAAACAGGAGGUGAAACAGGAGGAGCAGGUGGAGGACAUGGAGACGUCCAACGGACAGACAGAGACUCCUCCACCGGCUGAAAGCAAGCCCAGUGUGGCGUCUCUGCCGCUGCCCCCCCACGACCCCAACAACCCCAUCGGUGUUGAACACGUGAAGAUGGGUUAUUACUGCCGCGUCUGCUUCCUGUUCUACUCCAACGAGGAGACGGCCAAGAAGACGCACUGCAGCAGCCAGAUGCACUAUGACAAGCUGCAGAAAUAUCUGGAGAAGGAACAGACCAAAGCAGAGAAGAAGAAAGGGAGGAAGACGACGGUGUGACAACACUUCACACUAAUGACAGGAAGCGGGACUUUGAUUUUAGCUCGUCAAAGUCUAAUGCAGACGGCAAAACUCUGAGCUGUCGUCACGGUGACGCCUGUCAGGGAGGUAAAGUGUCGUCUGCGUUGGACUUUGAGACGUCUCGUCCUCUCGGGCUGCUGCAGACUGUCCACACACACGUCUUUGUUUUUUAUUUUAUUUUAGAAGAGAGCAAUUCAUGAUUUUCAUGUAUUAAUCGUUUGGUCCGUCAACGAUCAGAACAUCGUUAAAAUGUGCGACACGCUCUGAAUCACAGGUGAUGUCUGAAAACAUCGAGACAGAAGAAACCAGCUAAUAUUUUUACUUCUUAGUCAUUUAUGAUGAAAAAAAGUCAAUGACAGGAAUAACUCGCCGUUAGCUGCUGCCCUGUUUGAAGGAAAUGUGAGCCUUCAUUUGAAUUUUCAAGAACUAGAUUCAAAAUAAAGUCAUUAAAAGCAGGAACAUGUUGGAUUUAGUCGUCCAUCUUUUACAGUGUAGUCGUGUUGAAUUUAAGGACAUUUUGGACAGUUUUGAAUGUUAGCCUAGCUUAGCAUAAAAACCGGAAGCAGAGGGAGGAGAUGUGGCCUGGCUCUGUGCGAAGCUUCAAGUCUUCACUGAUGAACAGACUGAAGUCCUGGAACUAUUUCACGACCAACAGUGUAUCCAUCCACUCAGUGACAGAAGUGCUGGGCGGAUGGAUACGCCAGUUUGUCAAGAAGUAGUUCCAACAUCAAACCACACAAUGGUUUUUUGAAACUUUAAGUAUGUCAUAGUUAACAAGCUGUUAUCGCUGAUAUUUAGAAACAUUUGCUUCGUCAGUAAGUGAACUUUCCAUCCUCAUCGAGAACAAACUGUUUAAUGUCUGAAUGUUUCUGUUGACAACAUUUUAUAAAAACGCUGACUCA